AUGUCUUUCCAGCCAAGCUCAUUCGUCGCAAGUCCGGCCUCUGCGGAUCAGAGCCCACCUUGGCAGUUGCACUCGAGUACUGACUCGUACCUUGGCUGGGACGCCAACACGAAGCCGACCGACAGCCAGCAGAGACCUCACAGCUCAACCACGACCACUGCGCCACCCAUGUCCAGGCUACGCUCCACCGGCUCUGUCGCUACCACUUCUGCUCUCGGCGCUCAAACGCCCGGAGAACCGCAAGGCACCGACAUCGCCUCUGUGCUGCCGCACGAUGGCCACACCACUAGUCCCGAGCGCUCAGUGUCGCCUUCCUACUUCAGCAAGCUAUACUUCCAAACGCCCAAUCGCACAUCGUCUGCCACUAGCCCCACUAUUACCUUCACCGGUGCACCCAUCGAGCCUUCACUAGUCGCCCAAGCGCAGCUAUCGCCUUUGCUACCUCCUGAUGCGCAGUCUGCCCCCCAUCUCGCCGGCUCUUCCCAUGAUGCUCUUUCAAAUCGACGCUCUUCCGUCAGUGCCGUCGGUUCGAGCCCCACUGCGCCUUCGGCUACACCGUUGUCGCCCACCUUAUCGAGCAAAUCUGCAACGAGUGGCGGCGGCUUCUUCGCUUCUUUGCGCCCCUCGUCUCCAGGCAACCUCAGCAUCUCGAUGUCCAGGGCUCAAGAUGGUGAUGCAGCUGCCAAGCCUAGGAGACCCAGCAGCGUCUUCGAACACGUUGGCAACGUUUGGGAGCGGUUUGGACGCAAGGUCCAUCACACACGCACUGCGACCUCGGAGCAGCAGCCGGGCUCGUCUUCGCAGAAUCGUCGCUCCGCCAGUCAGGCCUCACCCCCCAUCGGACUUACACCCGAAGCGGCAGAUUCUUUCGAAACGGCUCACGCCUCGCCGUCUGGCUCCGUUACCUCGCAAGCAUCUCCUUCGCAAUCCACCACCACCGACUCAGACGGUCGUACCCCUGCAACUCCCAGCGGCGAGCCAUCGGCACCAUUAGUCACACCUCAACCUCUCCCAUCAGCUCCAGCUUUUGCACAUGUGAGUGCGGCAAGUUCGCCCGCGAACGCAUCACAGCAAGACGAGAUCGAAGAGCUGCCAUACCUGGCUCCCGAAUCGCCUGGACAGCAGACACAAAGCGUGGGUCCAAUCGGCUCGCCUCGAGUCGCGAGUGGUCAACGAUCAGCCACGUCAAAUCGCAGAGAUUCAAGCCUCUUUGAACGUGUUCUCAUUCAAGUGACCGACGACAACGAAAGAUUCUCUGUCGUCGACAUCUCCGGCGUCGAUUCGGCGGAUGCGAUCAAGGAGAGAAUGCUCGCCAAGCUGCAUCUCUUUGAUGCGGAACACUCUAGCUUCCAGCUCUUCCGCACCGAAAUCGGUCAAUCAGAAGCUACCGGCCCCGUUGUGAGCGACGAUGCCUUGCUCGUGCUUUGCCUCCAGAUGGGCGACGAUCGUGGCACCCUCAAAUUUCUGGUGCAUCAAACCGCACCUUCAUCUAAUUCGACAGUGCGAGCCAUGCCACCGCCGACAUCUGUCGUCGCCCCACAGAGGGCGCUCAACGAGAUUCGUAGAACAUCUGGCAACGGUUCGGCGGCCAGCCAGCAUCUCCGCACCGAGAGCCAGUCGUCGAAGAGCUCGCUGAGCGACGCUCUGGUGUAUCCCGAGACAUUUGGCGCCGACACGAGUCACGAGGGCUCGAAUCGCAAUUCAGGCAGCAGUCUGACGCGGUCCAGAGCCCAGGCAAGGCGCGCGUUGCCAAGCGCCCCGCCCAUCGAUGAUCUGCGCUCCCCUACCCAAGCCGGUGUCCAUUCGACGACUCAGAGCGCCAUCCAAGAUCGCAGGUCAAUCGCCUCAUCUGGUGACGGCUCCGCCACCGAAUCUCGCGCAAUGCACGGCGCCUCAGCAAGUGAAGGCGCCCCUUCGUUGGUCCUCAAUCAGCGGUCUAGCUCCAUCAAUGCCACCACUGCAUCAGUUGCAGAAUCCACCGGCCCUGGUAGCGGACGUCGUCCAAGCAACGUGGAUGACGAAAGGUCUCGGCCAGAUGCGAACCCUCGCGCACAAAGAUCGCUGCAUACUCCUGCCAAUGGCUCCGGCCAUCAUCAAGAUCAAUCGGAUGAAGGCGCGCGCGAUUCCCUCCGAGUACGCACGGCAGAACAGACGCACGCCCUCACCUUACACAAUGCAAGGAGCAUGGAUGAUCUGCAUCGUCCUGCGCAGCAUGCGUCUCAGCCGUCCGCGACGGCAAUGCAGGCCGAGGUGCGCAAGCAAGCGAGUAUGGAUCGAGACGGUCGAUAUCCGCCACCGGCCAUCCUGAGGCCCUCUACUGCGGCACCGGCCGGUACAGGCGCUCGCGAAGGCGGCUCAUCGCACCGUCAAUACAGCUCCGAUGCCCAAGGCAGCGGUCGAGCCCCACCGGAACCUGUUGAUCCGAGGCUGUUGCAGCGCAAUCGCAGUGCGCAGGCAUCCAUACCAGGCGGUCAGCAAGUCGUGGGUCAUGGCCCAACGAGGAUGUCGAGCACACCCCAGAUCCGAUCGCCGCCCAUGCAAAACGCGUACGUCGGGCAAGGACAAAUCGAUCCUCGCUUCCACACCCAACCUCCCCACUCUGCGCAUCCCAUGAAUGCAGCCCCAUCCAACAUGGGGGCGCGUCCGCAGUACAGCGCUCCUCCAUCGUUCGCAGGUCAGCCAGCAUACCAGGCGCAGUCCUUUGGACACGGCGGUCCACGAACCAUGGGUCAGGGACACAUGAACGAGUUUGGCGUCCGAGCCCCCAUUUCCGGGCCUGUCUUCAACACCUAUCACGGUCAUGAUCCGCGAAUGAAUGGCAACGUCAUGCAAGGAUCGCUCACGCCACGGCCUUACUCUUACCAUGAGCAGCCCUCUAUGCAUCAACAGCCCGUGUACCUGCCUUACGGGCAGCCCAAUCUUGGCACCGCUCCCCAGUACCGGUCGCGUGAGGAUCCUUUCACUACGCGCUACUUUCCUGCCUCGAGCUCACGACAGGUCUCAGAGUUUCAGAUGCAGGCCGGCCGCUUGGAACCUGGCAUGACCGUCCAGCAAACGCUUCGCACACAAGAAGCGAUUCGCGGCUCGGCUCCAGUCGGAUCUCCCGGUCAACCGUACCAGAUGGCACACGCGCAUCCGCCGGCACCCUCAUAUGGCCCUCGCGAUCCCCGUCAUCCUGCACAAUACAACCAGUAUGCAGGUCAGCAAGCCUACUCGAAUGCGUCAGCGGCUACUCAAAUGCAGCGACCCAUCCAACAGGGACCAGCGAUGGGGAAUCCGCAUCAAAACUCUACUUCGCAUCCGCAGCAGCUUCAUCCCGCGACGCAGGCUCAGCCCCUGCGCAGCGUUCACGACAGACACCAGACUCCACCUGCGCAUCAUGCCAGUCCGCAGAUGAGACCUCAGUCUUCAGCGUCUUCGGCAGGUCGAGGUCCCGCGCAGCAACAGCACCAUCAGCAUCAGCAGCAGCAUCAACACCAGCGCCAGCAUCAGCACCAGCACCAGCACCAGUCAGGGUACGGCCAAGCUGCGCCUGGCGUCGAGGCCCAAAGGCGCGACCCACCCAUUCGAACGAAUGCUUCGGAGCGCUCUUCGGGAUCGUCGUUCUCGAGUCAGGGAAGUUCCCAGCACGGACGGCAUUAUACCGAGGAUCGCAACAGUCGCAACUCGAUCGAAGAAUCUUUCAGUGCUCCCACAUCGGCAAGAAGCUCACAGAGCGGACCUGCCUCGGCCAAGCCUCCCGAUGCUGAAAAUCGUUCCUCUUACGCCGACCAAGACCGCGAUCUGGCCGAUGACGAGCUCGAGAAUGUCCGACCUUUGCCCAGAUUGCCUCAAUCUUCGGCUACGACGCCGACGGAUCCAUCUCACCGUGGAUCCUCGAGUGCCGAUGGCGCAGCGCGCGGGAACGUGAGGCGGUCGGAGGACGAAGACACGUUGCGUGCAGGUGAAUGGGCAAAGCUGUGGCGCGCUCUCGACCCGAAAUUGGACGGCACAGUGAGCGGCACUGCGAUCAGUGGCAGUAGCGGCGGUGACGGUGAUACCGUCAGAGCAGAGCCAAGCACGCCAGGAGCUUCAAGGCCUAUGACCAAGGACGGUAGCACCCCUCCAGCAACUCUGGACCCGCCUCGAGUGGCGAGCCCGAGUCUGUCACCGGACGAGAAUGGCACCUUUGCGUCGUUUGGAGCCUUUGACGACGACGAGAGCGAAUCCGGGACGUGGGCUCAGCCGCUCGACUCGGACGCCAAUGCACCACGCCUCCCCUUGCGGCUUGAGCCCGAGGGCGAAAAGUCGUCGGACGAUCAUCGCACUCUUCUGCCAGGUGAAGGAACCGUUCUCCUGUCUUCUGUGCGAGGCUCCUCGACUGCUCCCUCGACCAGCCCCAAGCGUCCGGAACUGCGCCUGACCAUCGAUCCAGCCGCCGGUCCGACGUUGGUGACCCCCAAUCAGGCCCAUGCAAGCAGCAGCAGCUCACCGCAACCUGGCUCUUCUCACCUCAUGUCGACGGCGCUGAGCAGCGGAGGCAUUACGCGCAGCACCUCGUUUGCCCGCAGAGAUGACGACUGGGCCUUCCGUCCUCCACCCGAACAGCUGUACGAGAACCUCGACGACUUCUUCCCCAAGCACGAUCUCGACAAACCUCUGCUCGACACCGCUGCAGUGCCAGAGAGUCCGAUGGUCAGCAGUCCUCGAUCCGAGGCGAGUCCACCGAGCCUACCAUCGCUUGGUCCUCAGCAAGCUAUGAAUCAACGCAGUCGCCACAAGAAAUCCAUCCGACUCGUUGCGCAGGAUCGCAAACGGAUCCUCGAUCGUGCGGACAAGCGACCUGCGGCACAGGGCACAGAGGCGAGCAACGGACUGGUGCGACGGCGCAGCACCAAGCUUUGGGGUACCAAGGUGGUCGAGAUGACUCCCGGGCAAGAGAUUGCUACGCCGGCGUCGGCGACGUUGGCCGAAUCGCCUUCAUCGGACACUGCCUCGCCGAAACCGGUGUUCAAAUGGGUCAAGGGUGAUCUCAUCGGCAAGGGUACUUAUGGUCGAGUGUACUUGGCGCUGAAUGCGACUACGGGUGAGAUGAUUGCUGUGAAGCAGGUCGAAUUGCCGCGCACGGCGAGUGAUCGGGAGGACUCGAGGCAGAAGGGGGUGGUGGCAGCGCUCAAAUCCGAGAUCGAGACGUUGAAGGAUCUGGAUCAUCCUCACAUUGUCUCGUAUUUGGGAUUCGAGGAGACCACGCAGUUCUUGAGUAUUUUCCUCGAGUACGUCCCCGGUGGAUCGGUGGGCAGCUGUCUUCGCAAGCACGGCAAGUUCGAAGAACCUACGAUCAAGUCCUUCCUGCACCAGAUCUUGGAAGGUCUCGCCUAUCUGCACUCGCAGGGGAUCCUGCAUCGAGAUCUCAAGGCGGACAACAUCCUCGUCGAUUUCGAGGGUAUCUGCAAGAUCAGUGAUUUCGGAACGGUUCGUCGCUCGGACGACAUCUACGGCAAUGUGGAGAACAUGUCGUUGCAAGGAUCGAUCUUUUGGAUGGCACCCGAAGUGGUGAGUUUGUCCAAGAAGGGGUAUUCGGCCAAGAUUGACAUCUGGUCGUUGGGAUGUGUUGUGUUGGAGAUGUUUGCGGGGAGGAGACCGUGGAGCGACGACGAGGCGGUGCAGGCCAUGUUCAAGAUCGGUGCAGAGAGGAAGGCGCCGCCGAUCCCGGCGGAUGUCAAGCUGAGCAAGCAGGCGGCUCACUUUUUGAAGAACUGCUUCGAGGUCGAUCCGGCCAAGCGACCCACGGCGCAGAGGCUGUUGGAUCACGUCUUUAGCGUUCCGGAUGACGGAUGGGAGUUUAGUCAGAGUGCUCUGUGGAGGAGUUUGCAAAGGUAA